AAUUCUGCCAAGCUCGUAAAUUUGCAGCCAAUUUCAAACUCUAACCGCCUGUACCAUCAUCACAAUCAUUUUCAUUAUUUAAAUAAUUCGCGAUCACAAUGAAUAAUAAUAAUGCUACAAAUAAUAACCAUGUUCAUCCGUACAUGAUGGCACAACAACAACAACAACAAUUUACAAAAUCACCUGAUGCUCCUCCAAUUCAAUAUCAUUCCGGUCUUGCUCAACAACAACAACAACCAGUUUUUACCACCUCAAGUCCAUAUCCAACCUCUACCACCACCACUACCUAUACAACUACUAUUGAAUCAGUGCCACAACAAUAUCCUACAAACAUGGAUAAUGUUGCUCAAGCAUCUAUGGAAGAUUCUUCUUUAAAGCUUGUUGGAACUUCUAUUGCAAAGCAAAUGUGGACUAAAUUGAAGAGUAGAGUACGUUCUCCAUACACUCUUGUCUCUUCAUUGUGUAACAUGUUGUCAUUGGCCAUGCUUUUUGAAUUUAUCUUUAUCAUUGUUGCUUCCUGUCAAUAUUAUAACGCCACACCAGCUCAUAUGCACAUUGUCUUUUGGAUUUUGUUCGUGGUUCAACCAAUUUUCAUGAUUUUGAAAUCACCUUUAUUGAUGGUUGUUUCCUUGUUUAUGAAUUUGGCCAUGUUUGUUAUGAGUUGUGUUCAAACUGCUGCCUAUGGCAAGAAUACUGGUAUUUCAUAUGGUGUUUUGGUUGUCAUGUUCUUGUACUCGUGUUUCUUUUCAGUUAUUUUGGCUAUCAGUUAUCUCAAGAAGGUCAACAAGUCAACAGAACAACAAGCAACUCAAUCACCAAAAGCUGCUAUCAUGGCUGACAUUGUUACCAUUACUCAAAAUAUUAAGCGUUAUAGAGAAAUGAUCAAGGCUUGUAAAAUUUCUGAUCUCUUAAUUGGUGCUGAAUAAAUAAUCACUGUAAAUAUUAAUUGU